GCGUGCUAUUAGUGUAAUGAUGUUUAAAACACUGUUUAAGAAAUGAAGUAAAGGGGGGGAAGAAGAAACCCAGUGGACCAAAGUUAAAGUCCCUUCUCUGUUAGAGAAGGAGAUUAAUGCAUUUGGGACAUGCACUUGGAUGAAAGGUGCAGUGGAACCGGAUGUAACAUUUGAUACCUUAGAAAACAGAUUUGAGAAAGAUGUACAGAUGUACAAGCCGAAUGCAAGUAAAAAGCAAACUGCCGUAGUAUGGCUGUUGUGGCAAGCUGUAAAAAGGUAAUUGCAUGUAAGGGGGAAAUACAUGCAGAGUUGCAAACAUUACAAGAGAAUUUUAAAACUUGCCAGGAAAAUUUGGAGUGGGAAGUGAGGCAGGCACAGAUAAUGCAAACUCAGUUAGAACCAAUGGGGAAACAAAAUAGGGAAUUGGAGAAAAGAAUGAUGGAUUGGGAAAAGAUUAAAGCAGACAAAGAUAAAUUAGAUCAUCAAGUGAUAGGAAUGAAACAGUUAUUUUGAGAUUUGACUAAUGGAAAGGAAGAGGAGAUCGUAAGUGUUUCUCACAGUUGGUGCCAGAAAACUAUAGCAGGACUGAAAAAGCAAGUGAAAAUACAGGAGCUGCAAGUUGCGGAUGUGUGUCAAAAAGAGAGAGAUUUGGAUUCGGAUUUGGAUUCUAAUGAUAUUUGGUAUGCAGAGGAUCUGCGAGGCGGUUAUGAGAAAAGGGAACCAACCGUCGAGAGGGGCUUUAUACUAAAUUGAGAUAAGGAGGCUGCAAAGCUCAGAAUCCUCAGAACUCGACCUGCCCUGAUAGCAUCUGAGCCACCAUGGGAACCCGAGGAGACGUGUAUGCAUUGGGGCUCUGCAUCGCCCUGUGCCUGUGGGGCACCGUGGCCCAGAAUAAUGGAGUACAAGCUGUUCCCGCCCCUGCAGGUACCACUGAGGACUGCAACAGCCAUGUGCUGUGCCCAGCAAACGCCAAGUGUGUGAACAACACCCACUGCACCUGCCUGGAUGGAUACCAGACACAUGGGAAUCGCUUCUUCACCGACACAACGGAGAUCUGUGACGAUAUUAACGAGUGUCUGGGGCCGAGCCAGCCAGACUGCGGACCCAACGCAAACUGCAACAAUACGCCUGGGAGUUACUACUGCACCUGCAUCGAUGGCUACGAGUCCAGCUCUGGGAAAGCCAACUUCACGCACGCGAGUGAGAACACCUGCCAGGAUGUUAAUGAAUGUCUCAGAUCCCCUGACAUCUGCGGCCAAGGAGCCCAGUGCAACAACACCAACGGGAGUUACCAGUGUGCCUGCCCAGCCGGCCACAUCCCUUCCACCGGGAGCUGGGUCCAGAACCAAACCACGUGUAAAGUCCCCAGCAUUAACUCCAGCGCUGAGUUCGAGGGAAUCAAAGAGACGUGCAGGAAUUUCUCUCUGCAGGGAAAGCGGAGCGGCGAAAGCAGCAGUUGUUGCUCUUUCUUUAAUUCGACCUUAGACAUUUUGAUGUCCGUGUUUGGAGACGAGGGUACGGAGUUAUCACUGGAGGAUGCGACUCGCUCUUUCAACUCCAUCCUGAACAGCACCUCCCUCUGGGAUGGCGGAGACAAGGGGGACGUGGGGUCGUGCGUGACAGUCCUGCUGCAGAGCGUGGAACUGGCCGCACUGGCCACUGCGCUCCGGUCUCCAGAGAGGACAACACAGAACGUGACAACAGAGUCUAUGGCUGUUGAGACGCGGCUUGUCACAGGGGCCUGCAGCCAGCACAGUGAGGUCUUCACGCUGAGAGCUUACGAGGAGAUGAUGGACGUGCACUGUGAUACAGUCACCGGGGCAGCCACACAAGCAGGUUUGGGGGCUGCUGCUUUUAUUUCCUACUCCACCCUGGACUCCAUCAUCAGUGCGAGACGUCUCAGCGAGGGAAAUCUACCGGCUGGUGGGAAGCUGGAGAAGAGUCAUCUCAACUCCAGGGUGGUGAGUGGGGCCGUCGGAGACGGGAGACCCAUUCACCUCUCCAGACCCGCAAACUUCACCCUGCGCCACAGACAGGCCAAAAAAGAGGAGGACGAGGCUCUCUGUGUCUACUGGAAAGUAGUGGCUGAGAACGGGAGCUGGUCUCCAGACGGCUGCACUGCCGUGCACACGAACAGCACUCACACCACCUGCAGCUGUGACCUUCUCUCCAGUGUGGCCGUCCUAAUGGCUCCCACCACAGUGACGGAGAAUUACCCACUGACCAUCAUCACCUACGUGGGACUGACCCUCUCCCUGCUGUGCCUCUUCCUCGCCAUCCUCACCUUCCUCCUGUGCCGCUCCAUCCGCAACGUCAGCACCUCCCUCCACCUGCAGCUCUGCCUCUGCCUUUUCAUGGCUGACCUGCUCUUCCCCACAACGGAGACCCAGAUCUGCAGUGAGGUUGCAUGUGCUGUCAUUGCUGGGCUCCUACACUACCUCUUCCUGGCCUGCUUCUCCUGGAUGUUCCUGGAGGGGCUGCACCUCUUCCUCACCUCCUGGAACCUGAAGGUUGUGAAUUACACCAGCGCCAGCUGGUUCAAGAAGAGAUUCAUGUACCCGUUCGGCUACGGAUUCCCAGCCCUGGUGGUGGCUAUUUCUGCAGUGGUGAAUCCUGAAGGCUACGGAACUUCCAAACACUGCUGGCUAAGCCUGGAGAGAGGCUUUCGUUGGAGCUUCCUGGGUCCAGUCUGUGCCAUAAUCCUGAUAAAUAUAACGUUCUUUGCCUUGACCCUGUGGAUCCUGAGAAACAGACUCUCCUCCCUCAAUGCAGAUGUGUCCACCCUCAGAGACCACAGGUUACUGACCUUUAAAGCCAUCGCCCAGCUCUUCCUUCUGGGCUGCACAUGGAGCCUUGGUCUCCUCCAAGUCGACCCAGCAGCCACAGUCAUGGCAUAUUUAUUCACCAUCGUCAACAGCCUGCAGGGAGCCUUCAUCUUCCUGGUGCACUGUCUCCUCAAUCGCCAGGUGAGAGAGGAGUACAGGAGAUGGAUCAAGAGAUUCCGAAUGUUCAGCACAAACUCUCAGACAUACGAUCUAUCCAUGUCUGCUAUCCCCACCACCAGCACCAACACGUUGCUGUCCUUGGUCGGCGAAGGCCCAGAGUUAUGAGCGUUCACGUGAGUUCAACUCCCACUGGAGGGGUGGGAGGUAUGGAGAUGGCGUCAAAAAAUGCCUCGGCUCCUGCUGCCACAACCACAUAUACAACUGAAGUCUGGCCUGAACUACAGACCUAUAUCGGUAUUGUGACGUUGCACUCCAUAUGUUUAUGGAAAUAUGCUUAUGAGUGUAAAUAUAAUGUUACUGGAAUAUGCUUCAUGCGAAAGGUCUCUUGUAUCAUUACAA